AUGACCACACGGCAAGUGAGAUCGAAAUCGGUGUUCGAGAUCGAUCGAGCGAGGCAACUGCAAAGGCAGAAGCUGAAACAGCUGGCGGUAUGCGACGAGAUAGUUUCCUCGGAAACUGUGAAUGCUAUCGGCCGUGUGACAGACGUGGUCCGGGCCGCCGACGACAACGCGCCGAGCAGCGACGAGCUCGACGAGGAUCUCGAGGAGCAGUACAAAGACCUAAAUUUGUAUCUCGACUUGCCGAACGACACGUACUCCCUGACCGCGAUCAGGCCACAGCUGCCAACCUGUGUCAGAUACGGCGUGCGUGCCGGAAUGACGCACAUUAACAUGCCAAAGUUCUCGCCGUUGUCCAGGGGUCAUCAAGGUGGUGCAACGGCGAUCGCGGCGUUCGCGACGACGACAAUUUACAAGUCCCGUUGCUGGAACGAGGCGGUGAUCGAUCAGAUCAUCGAGGACGGGGACACGUUCUACUGCGAGUCGUACAAAGACAUAAACACGGACGAUCGGCGAUUGUUGUCGAUCCUCGAUCUGAAGAGGACGCUGGUGGUGCAGGGUAAGCUGACGGUGAACGUGAGCAUCGAGGAUGCCGCCUACGCCGGGAAAUUUCGUUCGACGGAGGUGACGGAGCUGCAUUUGGUCAAAGCCUUGGACUUGUUCUUCAAGCACUACGACGCCGGCAUCCUGUCGUCGUCCGUGUUGAACGUGGCGAUCUGGAAGGACUCGAAGUAUUACAACCUGUUCGAUGGCCAGCCGAGGAAAGAGAACUGUGAGCCGGCGGCGGACGGUGCCAGCGGAACGGCCAAGUUGUUUCUGGUCAAGGACCAGAUCGGUCUUCUCUUCAUCAUCCUCGAGAAGAGCAACGUGAGGAACGAGCCAUUCGUUCUGUACGCGAUAGCAAUCAGCGGCGUGGAUUACUAUACUCAGCCGAUGGACGCCGAGAAGCUCGAGAGGGCCAAUCACAUCCAGAGACGGCCGAGCGGUUACAAGAUGCACGAGAAGUAUCGAGCGGUGGUCCAGGGCUCUUAUCACGUCAGGCAUCCCGCGAUACCAGCUCCGCUUCGCAAUCGAACCUUCCUGAUUAUAGCUCUGGCAGCUCUGGUUUACUCGCGGCUGGUGAACGCCAACAAGUGGACCAGCGCGCUGAUCGAUUUGAUCUUCAAUCAGUCCAACAUAUACUUCGUCGAUCUGAUCCGCGUCCUCGACAAGGAUCUGAAGGACGAAGAGUUCGAGCUCCGUUUGGACGACAUCAUGGGCGACGUUAUUCUCGGGGCGUAUUCCGCCAAGGUGAAGAUUCGAACGAACGUGGUGCCGGGUUACGGGCAGAAGAAGGGAAAACUGGGGAUCGACGACGGCAUACGCGAGUUCUUCCAAACUCAGCUGACCGGGCUGCUCGAGAUCAAGAAUCUCUUCUACGCGAUCUGGAGACACGACGACACGUACUACUUCAUGGAUCCUUUCGCGUGCGACGAGGAAGGUUUCAGAAGCGGCACCGCCGAGAUAGACGGCUCGGCGACCCCCGGCGAGGCUGCCUGCGUGACGAUGAACAGCUCGAUCAAUCAGGUGGUGGAGACCAUCAUGGAGAACACGGGCAGCAGGGACAGGGAUCCUUUCAUGAUCCACGGUGUUCGCGUUCUCUACGUGAAGACCGGAACCACGCCGGGCGGCCCUCUGGAGAAAGUGAUUUAUCGAGAGAAAGGGACGAACCGCAGGCCACAGGCGCCGCCAAUGCCGGUGAUGAAGGACAGCGUGAUGAAGUUCGACGAAAUGGUCGACACGAGACCGAGAAUAAGACCGGAGGCGGACAGAACGAGAGACGCGUACGUGCAGGUGCCAGAUCUGUUGAGAGACGCGGAGUAUUACAUGAGGACGGAGGACGAGCCUGCGACUUACGUGAUCGUGCCGCCUGAAGCGAGAAAGAAGCCGGAGGAAGAACUAGACGAAGAAGAGGAAGAGGAGGAGGAGGAAGAGUUGGAGAGACUGCGAGCGGAAGCUGGCGAUAUUACGGAGGACGAAGAGGAGGAGGAGGAAGAGAGAGAAGGGCCUCUGGAACUAGAGGAAGAGGCAGAGCCGGUCGAAGAACCGGUUGUGAGGGUAAUCAAGGGUUACAAGGUGAUAAACCCUAACCGUUUGGUCCUCCAGGGAUCGAAGAACUGUCUGGACGAAAGUUUUGACGAGUGGUCGAGGGGGAAGCAAGGAUUAAUAGCGGCUCUCGCGGCCUUGGCCUACAGGAGAUUAAAGGAGCCAACCAAGUGGCGAAACAUCGACGUCGAUCAACUGAUCGACGUGAGCAACAAGAUUUUCGACGAGGUCGUGGACUGGAUCCGAAAGGGACGUCCAAAGAUAAGAGAGCCGAAGGAAGUCGUCGGGGAAGAGGAGGAAGAAGAGGAGGAGGAACUGGAGGAAGAGGAGGGAGAAGUCGAGGAGAAAUUGUUACCUAGACCGAGUCACUUGGACAUGACGAUGUUGCCCGUUCGUUUGAAGAUGGGUGGGAACGACGUGUUCUUCAAGACGAAGAUGAAGAUAAUUGAGGGUGAAGCGUGCCCGCUGGCGAACCUAGCAGAGGCUCUGGAAUGUUACUUCAAUCGAUACCCGGAAUUAGUCCUGGAGAACAAGCGGCUGAUGUACGGCGUUUGGAAGGAUGGCACGAACUUCUACAUGUUCAAUCCUUACGGGAGCGACGAAGAGGGUUGGCGUCUGCGUGACCAUCCGGCUUCGUUCGCGGUGGUAGGCAGUUUGAACGAAUUAACCGAUCUUCUCUACGGCGUGCUGGAGUUCAACGAUCCUUCGUUCGUAAUUCACUUCGCGGGACUGGACUCGAUACAACCAGGCCUGUACACUGCCAUCGAGGAUGUAACAGUCCCGCACGACGCCGCGAUCGAGCUGUUCAAAACGAGAUUCUUGCCGAUCACCGACGACGAUCUUCAAAGAUUGGAGGCGGAACUGAGGGCGGCAGUGGUGGUCGAGACGGUGCCGGAGAUCGUAGACGUAGAUGUCAUGGGCGAAGAAGAAGAGGAGGAGGAGGAGGAAGAGGAAGAAGGUAGGAGACCCGUGAAGAAGUUGUACGAGGUGGUGGAGAAGCCUUUGGUCGAUCCAUUACUAGAGAUUCGAGAGCAAGAUCAGCCGGACGCGCCCUACCGAUUGAACCUAAUUUUACUGACGUCCAAUGUGAGGGUCUUCGAAGAAAACAAAGAGACCAUCGAUCAGCUGCACGAACAGAGAACUCUGGAGAAGUUGAAGUACAAUCACCCUCCUCCUUACGUAAUGCCAUCUAGCAAAACCCUGUUGAAACUUAUAGAGGCUAAACGAGCCAAAAGAUCCAUCCCGUCUUUGGUAUCGAGGUUCUCCAUAGAUUCCAGAUUGGACGUAAAGAAAAAGGGCGGGAUCUCUGCGCUUUACCUGGCCAGAUCGACGAUCGUUAUGCCGACCGGCUUCUUCGACGACUCGACACUUUCGAAAAUGAUCAAACUCUCCCCGAAGAAGUAUCUGUACUCCAGAAUCUUACCGAUCUGCUUGAUGCCUCUGAGAGCUAUCAACGACAUGUACAUACAAGACGAAGAUCUUGCCAAGGAAGAUCUACGGAUGAUGGAGGAGGAACAGAGGAAAGCCAGAGAGUGUAUUCAACAGCCUGUGCCGGAAGUGCCAGUGGGAGUUCGCAUACGACCAACGUUGAUACCGCUCGGCCCGAUCGUUAAAACUCCGACUCUCGAAAAGAAAACGAUCACCUGCGUCGAAAAGAAGAAACGUAAAUGCUUGUUGAGUAAAGCUGACGAAGGCGACGCUCUGACAGAGAAGAUUCUCUGCAACACGGAGGAUCUGUUGCUGGAACUGUUCUUCCCUGACUUUAAAGCGAAGGAUCAGCUUUUGGAACCGAAAGUCACCGAGUCAAAAACCCAUGAAUUCCAAAAAGCGUCGGAAACGACGACGAUUAAGAGGAGCGGUGGUCAAAAGAAGAAACCGGUGCAGGAUGUUCGCGGUUUAAAACUUACGGAAGAUGGUAUCCGAAUAAUUCACGGCAACAUGUGCUUCGAAAACCGCGCGGAGAUCGAGGCCUGCCAUUUCAAGUCUUGCUUCUUCGCCGCUCUGCUGUGCAUCCUCGCGAAGAUCAAGCUAGAUCCAGAUCGUUUCAGCGGCAAGAUCCUCGAUCAACUCGUAUUCCUCGGUGACAAGAUCUACCAGCAAAUUGGCAAACUACGAUACAAACCCUACCGAUGGUUCCACCACGUCGAGAUCCUCGACACGAUUUACAACGUAAUCACGAAACAGGUUGUUUACGCGGAUCCGAAGUUCGAUAGGGACGACGAUCUGGAAUUUGUACUGGACAAUUUCUUCGAGAAGAACAAAACGGGGAUCGUCGUGUUCGCGAAUUGCUCUUACGCCGUUUGGACAGCGAACGAUCGAUACUACUUGUACGAUCCUUAUCCCUGCGACGGGAGGGGUAACGCUGCAGAGGAAGGUUACUCCUGUCUCAUGGAAUUCUGCGACAUGAUCUCGAUGAUCUACAAGAUCGAGGCAAACGUCGGUGAGAACGUUAAGAAACCAUACCGAAUAUACGCGAUAUGUAUAGCCCAUAUGGAGACGAGGAAGAGAGCGAAGAAAAGACGAAAGAGAAAGUGGGUUCAUUCGAAAGUGGAGAAGCAGAUGGAGGAAGUUGGCGUGGAGAGGCAGGUGGAGGAGCCAGGUUCAGGAGGAAAGUUCCAGGAAGUGGAACUGUCCACCGUGUCGGAAGCGUCUUUGAUCGAGUCGGCCGACUGGGUGAAGCACGAGUCGAAAACCAGUCUCGCGUACGACAUGACGAUCCCUGGCUUCGCUCCCAUCAAACAUUACAACGCUUCGAUGUUCGACGUGACCGUUUUGGAGAACGAGAUCACCACGCCGCUGUUGACGCCCUUCAAAAAGUCUUCGACGAGGGAAUCGGAGAAGAUGGACGACGAGAUUGAAGCGGCGAAGCUGUUGGUCAGGAAGAAGGUCUACGAGAGAAGGUUCAAGCCGCACACAGCGGUCAGCACGCCGUUGGAUCUUUGCAUCAUGGCUUGGUCGUUGAUCCACGAUCCGAUCACCUGGUCCGUUAGGGCCGUGAGAGGAUUGUUCGACGCCAGUGUCGAUUACACUUUCGACAGCAUACUGGCCACGGAAGACUCGACGGUCGGUGAGAUGACCGAUGGUUUAUUGCCUGAAUUCGAGAUAGCCAAUUACACGUUUCGAGUGGUGUUCGUGCCUCUGCACUACGGGGUUCUGUACACUACCGAGGGUUGGAACCUCUCGAUGUCGUUGCAGAAGGUGUUCGACACACCUAGCUACACGGGCGCGAUUCUAACCUGCGGCGAUUCUCAUAUCGGUGUUUUGAAGAAGGACGAGAACCACUUCGCCUGGUGGACAAUCAGACGGACGAAGAACCUGAGGAUCGUCACUUCUGUGGACAUGAAGGAGUUCUUGAAGUUGAUCGUUCAGGAGAUCGAUCGACCGGAAGAGACAAUGUUCGUGAUGAGAGUGAUCACGGUUUCCUACGCCCAGAAACUAGAUCCUGACUGCAGCGACACGAGAGGUCUUCACGAACCAGUGGUGCCGACCACUUCGUUGCCAGAGAUCCACAGAAUGCCGGCGAAACCUUACGAUCUCGAGGCGAUCUUCAGGCCAACGGUGCCAGAAUCGAACAAACCGAUCUUCAUACAGGGAACAGUUGCUCUGAACAACAGGGAUACAGUGACAGAGCCGAAGGUCAAGAGGUGUUACUUCGUUGCUGCUUUGGCAGUGAUGGUGAAGAGAGACAUCAUUCAAAGCCCCAUGCCGGGAAUGAUAGACAAAGUGAUCGAGGUUGCUGAAUCGGUUUACAGAGAAUUCUCAGAGCCGAAAUUCCAUACGGAGCACAUACUGCGCAAUGUUACCAUGAUGAACAGAAUCUUUGAUUUUCGCGACUGCGCGUCCCCGUUGGUGACACUCGCGGUGAACCCACGAACAUUGAAAACCGAUUUUUUCUCUCAGGUUAGCAGAUUUGCAUUUCACUCGUUGCGUUGGGGUAGCUUCUACGAAACGUCGUUUAAAAUGUACAAUUUAUAUUUAAUGGACUGGUGUAAUGUUUAUUAG